UAAUCGCAGACACACACGGCCAGGGUUACGCCAGCUCAGACGGGUAUAAAAAGGCGGCGGUCACCUUUGGACGGCAUCAUUCAAUCCUGAACGAUACGCAGACCAACAUGGCAUUCAAAUUCGUCGCCUUCGCCGCCCUGAUCGCCGUUGCCCGCGCUGGCGUUCUGCCCGCCGUGGCCACUUAUGCCGCCGCCCCCGUGCCCGUCCUGGCCAAGGCCGCCGUGGCCGUCAACGCCGAUUACGACCCUCAUCCCCAGUACUCGUACGCCUACGACGUGCAGGACGUUCUGACCGGCGACAGCAAGAGCCAGCACGAGUCCCGCGACGGUGAUGUCGUCACCGGAUCUUACUCCCUCACCGAGCCCGACGGCACCCGCCGCACCGUCGACUACACCGCCGACCCCAUCAACGGAUUCAACGCCGUCGUCCGCAAGGAGCCCCUCGUCGCCAAGGUCGCCGUCGCCGCCACCCCCGUCGUCGCCAAGGUCGCUGCCCCCGUCGCCUAUGCCGCCCCCGUCGCCCACUACGCCGCCCCCGCCGUCGCCCACGCCUACACCGCCCCCGUCGUCGCCAAGGUCGCCGCUCCCCUGGCCUAUGCCGCCCCCGUCGCCCACUAUGCCGCCCCCGUCGCUCACUAUGGCGCCCCCGCCCUGAGGGCCUCCGCCUACGCCUCCCCCGCUGUCGCCCACCCCUACUAAUUUAUUGAAAAAUGUCUGAAUAAAUAAUUUAUUGCGAAACUG